AUGGCUAUCUCCGGCAAAACCCGUGGCCUAGCAUCUACUAUUGUGAUUAUAGUAUUAAUUCUGCCAGAAAUUGCAGCACAAACAGUCUCACCGGCAACAAAUAAUGUGUCAAAACACGUUACACAGAAGGAUAAUACUAUUAGAUUUGAUCCUUUGAACAAUUUCAAAAAAUACAGAGGAGGAUUUGACAUCAGCAAUAAACAUUAUUGGAGUUCAGUUGUCUUCACAGGAGUAUAUGGAUAUGCAAUUGGGGUGCUCUGGCUUCUAAGUGGAUUAUUGGCUGCAAGUGGGUUAGUUCUCGCGGGUAGUGCAAAAUUCCAUUCUCAUGCAAAAACUUCGGUUAACAUUAUAAUCAAAACAGCAAAUGAUGCAUCAGAAACCAUAUACAAUGCAACAGGAGCAAUAAAAAAAAUCCAAGCUGACUUGAUGGAUUCCGGUGUGGGUGUUGAGGCUUCUGGAAAUCUUGACUCUAUAACUGAGAAAUUUAAUGCUGCAGCUGAUAAUAUCGUAAAGGAGGCUAGGAAGAAUAGGCGCAUUAUUAACAAGGCUUUCGAAGUAUUGUUUGACAUAACCAUUGUGAUCAUAAGCUUGAACAUGCUUGGAGUAACAAUUUUGUCAGGCAUGAUUCUCAUAAAAUGUUGGAAUUUUCUGUCGAACAGUUUGUGGACUAAUGAGGUUUCGGAGGGGAAUUUACUUUCUUGUUAUAAUGUGCUGGUUGAUGACAGUGAUGUGCUGGCUACUAUUUGGAGUUUAUUUCUUCGUAGAAAAGUGAAUUCAAACAUAUCAAACCUGCAAGGAAAAUUGAUUCCAAAUCUUGUUCCUGUAUGCAAUCCUUUCUCAGCGCCACCUGAAUCUUUAUAUCAGCCAGAGAACUGCCCUCCUAAUACUAUUCAAAUAGGAGAUAUCCCAGAGGUAUUGAAGCCUUAUACUUGUUUCUAUGACACUGGGGAAAAUUGUGGAAAUGAAGAUUUCUUAACUGGCAGUGAAUAUAAGGUAGUUGAGGCUUACACAAGUUCAAUUCAGAACCUGCUGAAUGUGUAUCCUGGUGUGGAAAAAUUGUUAGGAUGCCAGUUGGUAAAAGAUGCAUUAUCUCAAGUCCUUUUCAAACACUGCAAGCCUUUAAAGAAAUUUGCUCGGACGACAUGGGUAGGAGUGGUGAUUCUUGCAGUGAUCAUGGUGUUUUUGGUUGUGCUAUGGACAAUUAAGGCUCCUCGUGAAGAUGAUCAAAAUAUUUUCUGA